GCGCAAAUUUCCUGGGAAAUUCGCGAAACUGUAGAAAAAUUUGCGAAAUGACGAUGUUGACACUGGCGACAAUUCGCCGGCAUCAAAAUGGGGCCAGUGCUCAUUAAAGUCAAUGGGCGUCUGUUUAUUGCAUCUAAACCAACGGACAAAUUCGCACGUGGCGAAUAAAUUCGCCCAUCACUACCAGCGAGUACCACGGAGCGAUCAUCUUCCGGCUUCUUCUUUUUUCUUGCGACUGUGCAUGAAUGAAAAAUGAAUGAAAAAGCCAACUAUUUCAUUCUACUGCGCAUACGUCUGCCCCAGGAAAGAAAAAGCAGGAAGUCGAUGGCUCCACAGUGCUUGCUGGAAUAAUCCCGGGCCGGUACAGUUUUCUCCUGAUAGGUGCACUGGCCCGGGGUGUCAGGUAAGUCAAUGCGAUCACUUGGGGGUUUCCCCAAGUAUAGAUGACUUUCCUUCUCAUUUAAAUGAACUUAAAUUGGCCCAGUAAUGCAUGGUUACUUACAGCUUUUCAAGGCAAAUGGUAUUUAUAUCACAUGUAUUUAUUAUAGAAUUCAGAAAUUGACUGUGAAAGUAAUAAAUACCUCCGCCUUUAUGAAUACUUUGUUCUUGAGGCAGAGAUACCUGAUGGGGUUUCACAAUCCAGUUGGCUGCACAUCUCAUUCUAACUGAAGCAGGACACAGACAUCUGCAAUAUUGCCACAGAAUUUCACCAACAUACAAUAAGGAGUAGCCAUCUCUCUAACACAAUGGCUGGAUGUUGUCAAUGGAUGAAGAAACAGUGGGAGUCCCGAGCUCCGAUUCUUUUUGUGAUUGCAGUGGCUAUGUUUGUGGAUUGCAUUCAAUUCACUAUUAUUGCUCCAAUUGCCCCAGCUUUACUUUAUGAGAUCGAGUAUAGGAAUGGAAACACAACAUUUAAGAACUCCUCUGGCCAUUACCCUGUCUCCAGCUAUGAUGCCCUUUCCAAUGUUUCACACGUUGACAACUCCAAAAAUGCUCCAUAUCAUGACCAGAUCUUUAACGAGAGUCACAGAAAUCACUCAGAGUGCUACAAGGGGAAGGACUUUUUAAAUGAUGAGAAUGUGCGAGUGGGUCUUCUCCUGGCAAUUAAUGCCUUUGUUCAGCUUCUGACAAACCCCAUUGUGGGUAAACUUAUUAACAGAACUGGAUAUGAUGCCCCAAUGUUUUGUGGCUUUAUCAUUGUGUUCAUCUCCUCUCUUAUGUUUGCUUUUGCCAACUCAUACGUCCUUCUUUGUGUGGCCAGGGGGUUGCAGGGAGUUGGAUCAGCCUUCACCAUGGUGCCAGCUAUGGGCAUGCUGGCACAUUUGUUUCCAGAUGAUGCUGAAAGAGGAAAAGCCAUGGGAUUAGCCAUGAGUGGUAUUGCAGUUGGGGUGCUUGCUGGGCCUCCCUUCGGUUCUGCCAUGUAUGAGUUUGUUGGAAAGUCUUCUCCAUUUCUGGUUGUAGCAGCAUUAGCUUUUAUUGAUGGAGCACUCCAGUUAUGUAUACUGAAGCCUACAAAGCUUUCCCCAAUGAGUGUACCUGAAACACCCUACAGAGUUCUUCUCACAGAUCCUUACAUUGUAGUAGCUGCAGUGGGUCUCUGUAUUUGUAAUCUUUCCUUUGGCAUGCUGGAACCAACCAUACCCAUUAGAAUGAUGGAAACCAUGUGCGCCCCCCCCCAUAUCAACUUGGACUGGCUUUUCUUCCCUGUAUGCUUUCAUAUUUCAUUUGUCUUAAUCUUUUUGCGGGGCUUUCGCAAAAAAUUGGGAGGUCCAUCGUGUGGAGGAGCCAUUGCUAAGGCCAUUGGAUUCACCUGGUUAAUGGUGAUAUUAGGUAUAAUAAACAUUGUUUAUGCCCCUCUCUUCAUUCUAUUGCGCAGCCCACCAGGCAAGGAGGAGAAAAAGCCUAUACUAAGCCAUGAGGAGAAGCAAGAGGAGAGCGAAGAAUCAAGACCAUUUCCCACAUAUCCGACUCAUAGAUCUGAGUCACAAGCAGAUUCACUUUGCCUCCAAAAGUAACAAGGACACAGUCUUCUGGCCACCUCAUUCUUCAACUUUUCAUUCAGAUUUAAGUAAAAUUAAAAGAUUGCAGGUUGCUACUUAUUUAAGCACUGACACCCAUUAGGCAAUAGAGAAGUAUUUACUAAAUAUUUAACCUGUCACAUUCAGUACCUCCACUGUUUCCACUGUGCCUGAUAUACGUCAUCUUUCUGGUGAGAAAUAGUAUUGGAAAUACUUUCCCCUGUUUGGUGGGAAACAGGACAGGGGAUAUGAAAUAUCUUACAAAGAUACAAGAUUAAUGAGCUAACUUAAAAAAUAAAGGCUUGGUAAUACAUUCAGAAGUAAUUCAGCAGGAUAUUACUGGGAUAUAUGAGUAUGAAUUUCAGAGACUACCUCCCUCUAUGUUGUGCCUCUAAAAAAUAUAUAGAAUACCCAUUGUUCUGAGUCAAUGUCUAGUGCAAUACAAGGACAUAUGUAAACCCUCAUGUCUUACACCCUAUUCCUCUGUUAGUAUAUAUUUAGAAUAGUUAUUGAAUCAAACCCUAUUCCUGUGUUAGUCCCCUCUUCCUAUCUACAGUAGAUCUUCUUCUCCCCAGGACCAGGCCAGUCACCAUUAUCUACAUUUCAAUAUCAUAAAUUUCGACUAUUGGUGCCUUCAUAGCAGACCAGGAAAGUGUUUACAUGUGAAAUACUCACAAGAUGUUAAUUAUAUAAAAUGAAAUAAAAUAUUGUUAUUUUUUUUAAA